AUGAGUUUCCAUAGAACUAAAGGUCCCUGGAGCGACGAGGAGGAUAGAUUAUUAAGAAAAUAUCAUAAAAGAUACGAUGGGAACUACAAAAAGAUUGAGAAGGCUAUGAAGCACAAACGGGAUUCUAAGCAAAUACGCGAAAGGUGGGUUAGACAUUUGGAUCCAAACAUCGAUCAUUCACCAAUUACCGAGGAAGAGGGUGUUAAAAUAAUGGCUCUUGCAGUUUCUUUAAAAAGGCAAUGGACCCGAAUUGCUGAACACCUUCCUGGACGAUCUGAUCGAAUGAUCAAAAACUAUUAUUCGCAGAAAAAGUCGA